CAUUUCUCACUUUUGCUCAGGAAAAAAAAAGAAUUUUCCUGGAGGAGGAAAAAAAAUUCCAUACUUUUUGUCUGUUUCUAUCAUCUCUGCAAUUUGUACCUAUUGACUUUCUUUGUUCUCUAAUAAAUAAUUUCUCUGUUAUCGAAUCGGAAUUUCAGAGACUGAUUGAGAAGCUAGAGUACAUUUUUUGUGUUUUGUGAUAUGUCUUUCAUGGUUACUUUUUUUGUUCCUGAGGAAACAAAGGAGGAAGAAAGCGAUUGGGAGAAAGAACGAUAAAAAAACCGAUUUCUACUUCUACUAUAAUCCUCUUCUCGGAGAUAAGCAGAAGUUGAGAAAAUCACUAUAAAAACUUUUAUAGUUUUGUGUAUAAAUAUAUUCGUAUCUCUGUUUCGAUCUCUACUUCUGCAGUUUGACGAUAAACGAUGUCGACGACCGUAAUCAGUGAGUCAGCGGUGGUGAUGAACGCUACUGAGGCACAAACUGCCGUUACCGCAAAACUAACGGCGCCGGUGAUCGAGGUUGAUUUCGCGAAAUGCGAUUGUUGCGGAUUGACGGAGGAGUGUACUCUGGCUUACAUAGAGACGAUCCGCCAGAGGUAUCAAGGUAAAUGGAUAUGUGGAUUGUGUGCGGAAGCUGUGAAGGAUGAGUUGAUGCGUUGCGAUAGGCUAAUCAACGCGGAAGAAGCCUUGAAUCGUCACCUCAAUUUUUGUAAGAAGUUCAGUUCAUCUACUCCUCCACAGGAUCCAACUGUUCACUUAAUCGCUGCGAUGAGGCAACUACUAAGGAGGAGCUUGGAUUCACCUAAAUCGCUUAGGUCGAUGCCAUGUAGUCCGACGAGGAACAGCAAAGAGAUGCAGCCUAACGUGUUGGUUCGAGCAGAGAGUUGUAUUCCUACAAUCUCUUUGGUGGAUGCUGCUGCUGCGUAUGAUGCUAUGGAAAUGGAUCAGGAUUCUGCAUGAAGGUGAUAAGUUUUAGGUUUAAUGAAAAAAAAAAAAAAUUAAGGAGAAAAAAACUCUUUUAACUAUGCUUAAUUUGCUCCAAAGUGUAAACACAAUAGAACUAGAAUCGUUUGGAGGUUGUGAUGGAAUGGAUAUCAUUUUUGCUCUAAUUUUGCUGCUGGUCGCGUGAUUGAAGUGAAUUCUGUGUGCUUUAGGGAUGUUACAGUUUUGACUAGCUCGCUCUUAUUGUUCACCUGUAAAUAUUUGUUAGAAAAGCAUGUUUUGAUUGAAAAGCUACUAUUGUGGUUCUCUUCGUGAAUAUGUGUCGCUAUUCGCAGCACUACUUUUUUGUAUGAUUUCCAACUUUCGGUU